CGAUAUGCCAAUAUCUGACUUGCAUUGACCACAGGUGACAACACACUUUUUUUCGUUGAAAGACCAAUUAGAUGAAACAAAGUUGACUUCUUUGUGCUUUUCAACCCAAGCACUAAUGAGUGACAAGACUGACUUCCUCUUCUUCGGCAAAUUUUUCAGCUGUGAUGGCUCAGUCUCAGUCUGUGAUGAUGUUGCAUCAGUAUUGAGUAUUGUUUUUGCAUUCUUUAUCUGAUUCAAAGCAGUAUUUCUACGGGGAGACAUUUUUGGUUUUGAUUCAAAGAUAGUGGCUUGAGGAAGUUUCCUUAUUGGCAGUGUUUCUCCAUCGGAAAUUUUUAUACAAACAACAACUGCAGCCUGGAUAGAAUCAAUGUUCCCAAGUGUGAAAGUGAAUUUGUCUGGGUUGUUCCAAAACAAAGGCCCAAACUUGGAAACCUUUUCAUCCUUAAUACACGAGUCGUCUACUUGGCUUUUAUCCGAAAAGAGUUCUCGAAUGAAGAGAUUCUACACCUGUGCGUUCUGCCGACUCAUGGUAGGACGUGACUACAACACCCCUGAGGAAACUCAAGCCCAACCAAUCGAACGGAAUACUUCCUUGAAUUGGACUUGUUUGCCAAAUCAUUUAACCUCAACUUACAACGAAAUUGACACACACAUAUCCGUGUGUCCUGGAACAAUCUUCGAUGCACUUUGAUGCAAAAGCGGAUGCUGAUUCGACGCCGAUGCCCUUCAUAAAGUAAUCACAGUGUGGCACUGACGAAGAAGCAAUCGCGACCGUUAUUUGCUAUCGCAGCAAUCUAUCUGGCCUACAAGAAAGUCUACCGUAUGGUAGCUGCUCAGUGAAAUCAAAUUUAUCUGUCUUAAUCGCAGAUUUUUUUCACCAUUGAAUAGGAGUUGAAUCGAAAUUGAACACCGAGUUCAGUGGCUCAUUUGCAAAAAUAAUGCUUUCCCAUUGCCUCCUUACGAGUGCUGCUACCAACUGUGCGUAUCAUGUAUUUUUUUUUUAAAUAUCGAUAGUCUACCCCGGAUCGCCCAAAAUCGACUUGUUGGCGGCGAUCCGUGGGUAAGCCGGGUAAAAGCAAAACGGUGCCGAGCUCUACCAGCAAGCCAGCAGUUAGAAUUAGAUGCCUAUAUAGGGUUGCUAUUUAACACAUUUGACUUAACAGAGAAUGCAAGAACAACUGAACGAGGGAUUCUACUCUCCCCAAAAGAUUUUCGACGUUUGAUUAAUCGUCUUCCCCUUGGAAUUCCUAAUUUGCUUUAAAGAAUCAUUCAUGCUCGUGGAUGAAAUGAGAGCUCCGAUAAGAUCUUGUAAUAACGCGAAUUUACAAAGUGACUUUUCACUUUGCACUCAGCGGUAACGAGCCUCGUCAUGAAAACUGCAACCUAUAAAGUCAACUUUUUAAACAUUACAUUCACGCUUUGGAAUGGUUUUCUAGGAGCCGCUGUCUUCGUCGGACUCCAUUUCAUGCAAGCCUUUUAGCUUGCAUGAAAAGAACUAGAAAGCUGUUAGUUAUGUCGAUCAUUACGACUGGCAAUAAUGUCUCAAGCUGGAUUCCGGGUUAACGUUUAUCUAUUACUUCCGGCCGGCGGCAAAAAUGUAUCUGCUUAGAAACGGAAAAAGCCCAUUUGCCAGGGUUGAAAUAAAAUAGUUUUUUGCUCGCAAAAGUCACCGAAACAAGUUUCAGCAUUUUUCACGUCUUACUUGAAGUACCUCAGCAACAGCUGAACAGCGUAACUCACUGUAUGAAGCUCGUCAGCGUUCCCAACUACCAAAGUUCUAGAAGAAAAACAUUUUUCUUUUACUAAGCUACCGAAACGUUAAGGCUGUCGAUAGCGUCACAUAUGGUCUCCCCUACAUUAACAACACGUAAUAAAGCUCCCUAAAUGUUUUAAAAUGAUUAUUUUCACGAGGAAGGAAAUGGUACAUGUGAAAUGCAAUUUUCUUCUACGUAUUGCGACAAUGAAAUUGGAAAUUGAACCAAUUUUUGUGUUUGUUAUUGCGUGGUUUACAAAGGAGCUUUCGAAAUCGUUCAUAGGUUUCCAUCCCAUGAAUUGUGAACAGACGAAUGAAUUAUUUAAUAUGUUGCCCGCGUUGGCAUGGUUACAUAGAACUAAAUCUGUAACUGAACACGCCCCUUGGCAACGUCGUUGAAAGCUAUAGGAAGAUCGUCGUUUUAAAUAUAACCUAUGGAAUACUUUGCGCGCUUGCGCCGUAGACACAAGGAAGGGCAAUGGUUUUCGGUUUCUCAUACAUAAAGUUAACGUUCGACUUGGGUGACAUCUCUUCGUCGUUUUCCUCUGUGCUGGACAGUUAUAAGUGGAAACAGCAAGGAUACAGAACGCAAAUAGACAUCGCUCUCUGUGCAUUGCCCUCCCAUGGAGUGCCAUUGCCAUUGUUUGAAAAAUUUGACUUGUUACAAUAUUAUUGCCAGUGCCAGUAGCCAAUAAAUCAACAAGAAAAAAAAAAAAGGUAUCCAUCGCAGUUAUUGAUUUCUGGAAGGAGACCUUCAUUUACAAUUCAUCCUCGCCCCCACUCAGCAUCACUGUGAUAUUUUGACACCGUAUAUAAAUACGUUAGCGGUGAUACUUACGCAUCGUAGUCAUGAGCACCAUCCAAUCCUCAAUCUCCAAGCGGAAUCUGCUCAUGAUGCGUAAUAGAAGCGGAUCUCAAGGAACAAACGAAGUUAAUUUGGCUUUAAUAGGAGAGCUCGGCAGCGGCAAAUCAGCUCUGACCGUAAAGUAUAUCACCCGACGGUUCAUCAAUGAAUAUGACCCAGAACUAGAGGACACUUAUUCAAAGCCGGAGCAUGUGGACAAUCAGGAAAUUCUGGUGCGCAUUAUGGACACAUGCGACAAAGAAGGCAAAGAUCCCGAGCGUUACUUAAAAUGGGCUGACGGCUACCUGGUAAUAUACAGCAUCACGCAGCGGAGCAGUUUCGAAACAGCACAGAGAUAUCUGGACGGAAUUAGUCAACAUUUAAGACUCACCACCACUUACGAUGCUCCGUUGAUCCUCAUUGGGAACAAGGUGGACCUAGAGCGCUAUAGGACGGUCAGUAAAGCGGAGGGUUCCAGUCUUGCCCAUUUUUAUAACGCAGCCUUUUUCGAAACUUCAGCGGCCGAAGAAUUUAACUCUGUUGAGCGUGUUUUCCACGAAGCCAUUCGCGAAGUGAUUCGCGAGCAGGAGCGCUACAUGCCUAUCCGCAGUUUAUACAUCGCCAAUGACGAAAGCAAAAGCGGCAACAGUUUCCUCACCCAUAUUGAUCGUUCGCGUCGUUUGCGCUCACCGGGAGUGAUACAUCAUAAUAAGAAUGGGCAGUCCAGCUCAUCAUCAAGCGCUGGCAAGGACGGUGGCAGCAAUAGUCGACCUGAAGCGGCCGGCAACAAUUCGCGAUUUUCCUUCCUUAAAGGGAAAGGAUUCAAAGGAAUUUUCCAAUAAAAUAACGACACCGAAAACGAGCAAAAUUACAAGAAAUGAUGUACUUCACGUUUAUUUUUUUUUUUCAACCAAACCAUUUGGUUGCAAUAUUUUCGUGUCGUCUACUUUGCCAUCCUACAUUGUCCUCUCACAUACUUUUUAGCUGCCUCAUUGUGAUCUAAUGUUGACAAAUAUAUGGCCCCUACCAAAUUGUCUUUACGCGAUAAAGAACGAAUUUACAUUUGAAGAUAAUAAACCACUACCUUGGCUCAA